AGGGUUAUUUCUGGUUGGUAUCGUGAUACCUAGGUUGAUUAAUACGGUGAUGAGCCACAUACGAAUAUAUACUGUUAACAUUUGCAAAUCGUGUUGAAUUCACCUUUGGCGAUUAAUUCUUUAAUUUUUCUAAUUAAUCCGAAUUAAUAUACCUAGUAAUCAUGGAUUACCUCAGUGGUUGGUGUAAAAGUAAACAGCGGUUGGAUGGCUGCACGGUCAUCGUGACUGGCUGCAACACUGGCAUUGGCAAGGAAGCCGUUUUGGAUUUCUACAAGAGGGGAGGGCACAUCAUAAUGGCUUGCCGGAACAUGGACAAGGCGAAAGCAGCCAAAGAACACAUAGAGGAGCAGUGCCGCGGCCAGGAAGGCACGGGCACGCUGGUGGUGGAGCAGCUGGACCUGUGCCGGCUGGAGAGCGUGCGCGCGUUCGUGCGGCGCGUGUCGGCGCGCGGGCGCAGUCUGCGCGCGCUGCUCUGCAACGCCGGCGUCAUGAUGUGCCCGCUGGCGCGCACCGAGGACGGCUUCGAGACACACAUUGGCUCCAACCACCUCGCGCAUGCGCUCCUCACGCUGUUGCUGCUGCCGCUUCUCAUCCGAGACCCUCACUCCAGGGUCGUCUUUGUUGCAUCAUGUGUACAUGCAAUAUAUAAACUAGACUUGGAUGAUUUGAAUUUUGAAAAGAAACCGUACAACGCCUUCGAAGCCUACUGCAGAAGCAAAUCUGCAAAUAUUUUAUUUGCCAGAGCUCUUGCUGAUAAAUUGAAGGAACACAACAUACAAAAUGUGACGACGUAUAGUUUGCACCCAGGCGUUAUUUGCACGGAAAUAGGUCGGCACUUCGACGAGGGCUUCUGGUAUGGUGCAUCAUGGCUGUUCCAGAAUGUGCUCGGCGUCUUCGUGAAAUCGGUGCAGUGUGGCGCGCAGACCUCCAUAUACUGCACUGUAGACGAAUCCUGCACCGAUGAGAGUGGUCUUUAUUAUAGCGAUUGUGCGGUGACUCGGCCAUCAAAGCAGUGUCAGGAUGAAUAUCAAGCUGCCGAACUAUGGGACCUCACGAUUCAGGCACUUAAACUGGACUUAAAUAAAUUUAAUCCUUUUGAUCCAAAUACUCAAAUUGAUUAAAGUUCUAUCAUGUAAUUGAAGACAGGCAAACCGCAAAAGUUUGACUAGAUUGGGAAGUGGGCCUAAAGCGGACAUACUCCCCAAAGAAUAAUCGUAUUUAAAUGCAUUUCAAAAUUAGGCGCGUUCUCGUCACGUGCGUGUGCAUGAACUCCGCCCCAUCCACACCCCACAACAGUCGCUCGGUUUGCCUGUGAGUACGCGGUUCGAUGCUGCACAAAAAAUUUUUUUCACUGGAUUUUUGAAAUUAGAAGUCGGUGCUAAAGUACUAAACAAAAUUAAUUCUAAGGAGUAACCUAUGCGCCUACAAUGUAGGUACUUAGGUAGUAUCUGUAAGUUAUAUUUUGUUUUGGGCUUGUGGCGCCGACUUCUAAACUAUCAGUGGGUAGAUAUAAGCAGUACAAUGAAUAAUAGUUAUUUUUUGGUUUUUAGUUUAUGGAAGUCGGUACAUUUAAACGUAGUUUUAUUUUUUAAGUAAAUAGGUUGGAUCCAUAUGUAAGUAAAUUAUUGAAAGAUUUUUUUUAACUCUAACCAUUGAGGAUUGCACCUUCCAUCAUUAUCUCUUUGAUAUGAAUUUUGAAAUUUGAUGAUCAUUAGACGUAAAUAGUUAAUAGUUUUAUGAAAUUAUCAAAAUAAACUUAAAGAGCUGAUUACCCUGGGAUCUCAUCAUCAGAUGCUCAUCACAUGGCAACAGUACCAAUUUGAAAGUAUACCCUACGAAAAAAGAAUCAACCAAAUCGGACCAGAUUUUUUUAUUUAUUUAAUUUAUUCCUGUCCCCCUUCCGCCCCCAACACACAAUAAAGAUGAACAGUUACUAGAGUAGUUUUGAUUAAAACUAACACCCAAUUGCACAUCUUGGCUGAACCUCAAAUCGAACGAUUGUCAAAUUUCGGUCACGCAGCCUGCGGUCAUAAUGUAAUGUAUUCCAAACGUUAUUUUGCCUCAAAUAUUUAGAUAGGCACUUACAUUUAAAGUACCCACGUUUUAAGUGUCUGUCUUGUUGAUAAAAUUCAAAAGAAUAAAAAUGUUCGGUCGGUAAAUUAAAUUAUAUUUGUCAGGAUCGAGGGUAGAAUAAUUGAAACACAGGCGUCCACCCUCGGCGCUCGACGGAGUCAAGGAUUCAUCGGCUGAGCGGCGUGUUGAUCACUUCUCGUGCAGCAGCCGACCAGUGCGGUCGAAUAUUGAACCGUCGUGUGUUUCAAUUGUAUACUUAGUCUGUAACCUGUUAGUUUAAUAUUGUAACAGUUAAUUAUCUUUUAUGUACUUUGUAACCAUGUUUGCACUUUGAGAGUGACUGAGAUCUCUGAGUUUGUUUCGGCAUUUCUUCUCAGAGUAGUCGGUAGGAAAUGCCGGCCCCAUCAGUAGCUUAAGUAAAGUAACAGUGCGAUGUACAGAAUUAAACAAUAGUUCCAUA